GCAGCACAGUUGUAGCGUCGUGUUAGCUUUGAGACGGUCUUGAAAAGACGUCAAGUUUGUGUUGGCAUAACAUCGCAUGUAAAACGAACACACGAAUGUGGUUUUUAGGCCAUUGCUGUGAGGUUUACGCAACAACGAUGUGAUCCGAAAGCGUCCCGGACACGUUUCCUGGAUGGUGGGCGGGAACUCUCUGGCGUUUCUAAAGUUGAGCAACUUUGGCGCAACUCAUCUGGAGUAGUGUGAUUUGUGGCUCUGCUGUCAUGGAGUCGCUGGAGAGAAACGCUCCUCGUCUUUGGUUGUUGUUUUCAGUCGUGUUCCUCGCCGAGCUGCGGACGUCCCUCUCCGAGAAAGACUGCCCUGCCGACGGACGCAUGUGGGUUCCUUUCAAAGACAGAUGUUACCACUUCGUGCACGGAGAGGAGGACAAAAUCAAGAGCUACUCUCUAGAGCGAGCCAAAGCCCUCUGCCAAGGCUUCGAGCUCUUGAGCGUCCAGAGCGCGGAGGAGAAUGACUUUGUGCUUAAAUAUAGCCCAGAGGUGUGGAAAGGCCAAGUCAACGUGUGGCUGGGAAUAUAUUAUGACACCAACAGUGAGACGAUGAGGUGGUCUGGAGAAGACCCGGUUACUUUUACCAACUGGGAGAGCAGCGAUUCUCCCUCUGACCUGGUGCCAGUGGACACGUGUGCGGCUCUUCACACCAACACGGGCAAGUGGGAGAGCAUCAGCUGCCUGGAUGAGCUGGAGAACGGAGUUGUUUGUGAGACGGCCCAGAAGGCAGAGGAACCCAAGCAAUCAUCUAGAAGGCUUCUGUCAGUCAUGGUCAUUCUCAGCGUGGUGGCCAUCAUCGGAGUGUCUGCUGUUGUUUGGUUCCUGCACCACAAGAAAAACCCAGGAUCCUCCAUCUUCACAGCUUUUGAGUAUCACCCUCCGUUACGAGUCCUGGAAACGGACGAGUCGUGCCUUGUGGAGGCUGAAGAGACCGAGGAUUUUCCAUAAUAACAGCCCCCAAAGUGAACUUGGUCUGAGUCCUUUCUGCUCUCCUACAGUGAUGUAGUGUGCUUUAGAUGCCUUCAGUUGUGUUGUGAUGUACAAACUUGGCAUGACUAACUCCUCCUGGAUGUUCAGUAUGAAUGUAUCUGCAGUGGCAUGAGAGCUAUGCAGCUCAAAUGUUGAGGUUUCAAUUCAUGAGUCCUGCCAGAUGGUAUCAGUGGAGGAAGAUACAAGAACAAAAGAAGCACACGGCUGACAUCAAAUUCAUAUUGUAGCCUUCAUCCUCAUCCCCAGCCUGCUCAGCUUCACUCAAAGUACAUGGAUAAAGGUGACUUUUUAUGCCUUUUUAACAUGACCAGUUUAAUGUUUCACUUGUAUUUGAAUGAACUGUGUUCUAUGAAUGUGUUCUCAAGCUUUAAAUGUUACAAACAUCUGCCUCAUCAGCUCAGAAAUGUUAAAUUUCAUGCAUUUGCUGCAAAGGAUGAUUGACUUUUGCAAGUCCAUGUAAAUAGCAGAUGAAAAUGUGUAAUUAAGCCACGGCAUGUUUUUUUUUUUUUUUUACCCCGUUUCUUCUUCUGUUCCUCCCAACCCCAUACGUUGAUGAUGAUCCGCUUUGUUUAUUUGAAUGAAUCAACUGUGCAAUAUUGACAGUAUUUGCCUAAUUUUAACCUUGGUGUUUGUUUUAACAAUAAAGUGAAUUUCAUCUAUUAAGUAAAGAAA